GGCAUGGAAAAUCUGCACAUCAUGCAGCAGGCUAUUGGCAACUAUAUUGUGAUACGUCAUCAUACAUGAGAGAUAACUCACACAUGCACAUACGACUCAUUGUGUACAGAAUGGCGCGAACGUAAAUGCCGUGAUGAUAGUCAUGAUAAGUGCUCGUUACAUAAGAAUCCCACAUCGUGUCCUCUCUGCUCUGAGCACUGCUGUAAACCUGAGUACUUUUGGCGCAUUAAAAAUGACAUCGAAGCAAUGGAUUGUUAUCGGUGUAUCCGGAGCAACUUGCAGUGGAAAGAGCACUCUGGCCAGCAAGAUCCAUGAAAAUUUUCGAGGAUCCGUCAUGGUGCGUCAGGACGAUUACUUCUUGCCAGCAGAUGACCCGCGUCACGUUAGAGUGGAGGAACUAAAUCACAUGAAUUGGGAGCUGGUGACGAGUCUGGAUAUGCAGAGAAUGCAUGCCGACGUUGCGAAGAUACUUGAAUCGCGCUGGAGAAACGCGGCUGAUUCGAGAAGGAAGAUACUGAUCCUCGAUGGCUUUCUGCUCUUUAAACACAAGGCUAUCACGGAUUUGUGCGACCGCAAGUACUUUCUAACGCUGACGAAGGAGCAGUGUUGGGAACGAAGAAAGGAUCGUACGUACGAACCGCCCGACGUGCCGGGAUAUUUCGACAAAGUGGUCUGGCCCGAGUAUGUAAAAUAUCAAAAUGAAAUUGCACGAAAUAACGAGUUGUGCGAGACCGUAACGUUCAUCGAUGGAUCCAAGCACAUAGAAGACAUGUAUGAAAUGGUUUCCACGGAAAUCGGUCAAUUGUUAUCUUAAAAAUUUAUUAUUUUAUUAACCUGUAUUAUUGCAUGGCCUCAUGGUAAUUCAAUUUUGAUGCAAAUUAAAUAUGUAUGAUGCGCUAUAUAGUUUACAUGGAAAUUUCUUCUUGCAAGAGACUAAAAAUGUAUGAACCUCUGAAGAUUGCAUUAUAAUAUUUAUAUAAUCCUUAUAUAAUUAUCAUUAUAUAAGGAUAUUUAAUAUUGCAAAUAUAUAAAAAACGAUUUAGAUAAGACAUUCAGUUUCGAAUCUUUUUCUACCUGCUAAUUAAUUGAUAUGCACAUCCGUAUACGUAAGAUCGAAUCUCGUGCAGUCUCAAAUAAUAUUUUUAUUUUACAAAGUAUUAAUAACUAGAUUUGCUUUUCUUUAAUAAAAACAUGUAAUUAAUGAUAUCGCGAAUACUGAUGUCCGUACAGUGUGAACAAUUCCUAGUUUCAUGUAACAUUUGCAAGUAUUCCGUACAUAUACAUCGACGUACAGGUUUUCGUAGAAACGCGACAGUUUAUACGGUUUAUACCAUCAUGUAUCAAUAUUAGCUUGGUGCAAAAAUACUCGCGCUGUUUGCCAUUCAAUUAAUGGCAAACACCGCAAUUGUUUUUCCACCAACCUAAUGCUAAUCCACGAUUAUUGCGUGUAAUUGUUAAGUCUGAUAAAAUGGAAUCUGCCUUCUCUACAUUGAUCAACCUAACAAUAUGAGACAUGUUUUGUAAAAUAAAUUAUCUGUUAUUUCAUAGAAAUCCAUACCGUAUCGUGAAAAUAACAUCUUAAGAACUGACCAUC